AUGAUUGUGAACCCUGGACCGAACGAUGAUCUACCCUCAAUUUUGCAUCAUGCAAAACCUCCUCCUAUAGCUCCUCCUGUUCCUUCUUCCUCCUUGCUAAAAUCCGAAUCCUCCAUAUCUUCCGGUCGAAAAUUCCUACCUGAAUUGGAGUGCAUGAUUAUUGACGAGCUCGCUUCAUCCAGCUUGACCAAUCUUCGAAAAAAGGAUGUUGGGGAUACGGCUAAACUGCUCUUGGGACCUACCCCAUCAUACCUCGAUUCAAGAGAUGAACUCUUUAAGAGAAGAAGAAUGAAGAGGUUCAAAACUAUCUGCGCAUCGAUCGUAUAUUUGAGACUCAGGGACGAGAGAGGUGGUCAAGCAUUAGUAUUUUCGUUAUAUUACGCUGGACCCUCCGCUUCAAGCUUAUUGCCUAAUUUGAGAUAUCUCAUAUUAGGUAAUAGGUUUAUAUCAUGUUCGAGCUUUCUCAGUCUACCCUCUGAAAAGAAGAACGAUUAUGGAUACAAAGCUUUAUGGUUAAUCAGUAAGAAUGUCAAUCCUGAACAUGUCUGUAUGACAAUGGAAAGAAAAUGGAUUUCCCCUGCGCGAUAUCGAUUCGGUUUACAACAUCUCGUAUGGCUAUUUGAAUAUUUCGAUCAAGUUGGGAGUCUAACUCAACAAUUGGAUAGUGGUAAGAAACUCGUCGAAGUGGUUUAUGGGAAACCAGGACUCAGAGAUAGGCUACAAGGGUUUCCAACCAACUCUUUUACUCCCAUCAACGCCAGGAUGAUAGCUUCGAAGGAGGCGACACAAUGUGUGUGCUGUGGGAAAAGACAGAGAUAG